AUUACAGAAAGUCUUACAUAGCAGUAAGACAGGAACUGACGGAAUGAGGACAUUUACAGCUCCUAUUUGCAUUGGCAUCAGAGAGGUGUGCUGAGAAACAUAAAAGCUGUGACAGUCUGUCAGGCUUUUGCAAAGAAAACUGCACCAUCAAGAACAUUGUAUAUUGUGAAGAUUUAUGCUCCAGUGCAACAUUUUGGGAUUAUCCUGUCUUAUUCCUGCUAAUUACUGGAAGAUUGUAUAGCAACUAAAAAGCAACAUGCCACCACAGGAAGUACAUGAUUAUCAAAGACAUUCUGAAGUGGUGCCCAGGGCCAGGGUCUGCUCCAGCCUGAAGAGGGAGUCACAGUGCAGACAGAGGGAUUCUGAGACCCAGAUAAAGUGUGUUUUAGUAGGAGAUGGAGCAGUGGGGAAAACCAGCAUGAUUAUUAGUUAUACCACAAAUGGAUACCCAACAGACUAUGAGCCAACUGCUUUUGAUAACUUCUCAGUUAUCGUUCAAGUAGAUGGUGCCCCCCUGCGGAUCCAGCUUUGUGAUACUGCAGGACAGGAAGAAUUUGAAUUUCUACGAUCAUUUUGUUAUCCUGGGACAGAUGUCUUCCUUGUGUGCUUCAGUGUAGUAAACCCGUCUUCCUUCCAGAAUGUUGUUGAGAAAUGGAUUCCAGAGAUCCGUGCCAAAAAUGCCAGAACUCCCAUAAUCUUAGUUGGAACACAGGCAGACCUAAGAGAUGAUGUGAAAGUGCUCAUCAAACUGGACCGAUUCAGGCUCAAGCCUGUUCCUGAGACCCAAGCACGUAAUCUUGCAGAAAAGAUCCGUGCCAGGGCAUAUGUUGAAUGUUCUUCACUUACCCAGAAAAAUCUCAAGGAAGUAUUUGACACUGCAAUCCUUGCUGCCAUUGAGCACAAGGCACGCUUAGAGAAGAAGAUGAGUGUCCGGUUGUCUAAAAGUCGCUGGAAGAAAUAUUUCUGCUUUGUGUGAUUAUUUAAGGCACAAACAUGUAAUAAUAAGACAGUAUGUGUAAUGCAUUGCUAAGCACCAAGGAGCAACCUGAGAUGGCCAGUGACUUGGAAGCUUCUGGAGAAGGACUAGACUUGUACUGGUCCUGCAUGGAGGAAGCUGAUAGCUGCUUACUUGUCCAGAGUAUAAAGGGCUUGCAAGUCAACAAGAUGAAUGUAGCUUGUGUCCAAAGCUGAAGAUUUCCUGUACUGGACAAGUCACCAUGACUGAUACAGAGGCAAUGUACAUAUCAUAAUGUUUCAGUGAUGAACUGCUUUAAAAAGAACACGAUCAAACUGAACUCUGAAUUGUAUUGAUCUUCUAAAUAAGACAUGUUUUUAUAAAUGACUUUGGUACAGAAAGCCCCCAUGGUCCUUUGUCUUAUGACACACACUAUGCCUGUGUAUAUUUGUAGCUGCCUUUAGCACCAAUUGGCAACUAUUGCUGUGCAGUGGGUUGUGUCUACCUACCACAUGAUGGUAAUGGUGUAUGUUAAAAUACUUAUAAUAGUACUUAAUUUGGAAUGACCAGUACAUUAUUUCCACAGAAUGAUGCCUGGUAGAGGUGGGGAAGGGUUACUAGAUCAGAAAGUUCCUGAAGACAGUGUCAGUCUUGAUUUUGAUUAUGUUGGGAAAUAACUACCUCCAAAGACAUUGCAGUGAUUAGAGGCAUGGCAAUGUUUGGCUUCUUCCACCACUUUUUGACCUGUCCUAAAUCUAGAGUGGUGAUGCACAUGGCAUUGUUGUCAGCAACAGUGAUGUCUAAAAUGUUAAUGGCCAAGUCAAUAGUUACGAUUUUUGUUCAGCUAAUGAGAGCAAAAUUAGGCACAAAAUAUCAACCAUUUUUGUAUAUACAGUUUGAUUUAGAGGUAAUUCGUAGUGUGCUGGUCUGCCUUUAAUUCAUAAAUAGAAAUACUUGCUUUGAUAGUACUCCCUUUAUUGAGAACAGCAGAAUAACCACUGUAGGAAAAAGUACAGGAAAUGUCACUUUAACCUCUUUAUAGUGUCAGUUAGUGUCUGCUCUUAAUUGUUUACCUUUUCCUGCCUAGUGUUUGCACUAUCAAUUUAUAAACAAGCACAUCCUGGGUGACUUGAAUGUUGAGAACAAUUCAUUACCACUAAGUCAGGAAAGUCGCUUUCAUAUUCUUUAAAGGUUGCAUAGCUAACCAAUGACUUUUCUGAGAAAUCUGUAGCCAAAUAUCUAGAAAUAAUACAUAGUAAAAUUCUUUCAGCCUGUCAUUUAUGUUCCUGGAAGCCAAGUAAAAAAUAUAUUUUUUAUUAAUUUCAGAUAUUUUUUUCUCUCUUUUGCUGGCUUUACAAGUUCUUUUAACUGCUUUUGAAUCACUUUCCUCUUAGCAAUGCAGUACCUAAUAUGUUUGUUUUCAAACGUGAGGUCUGAUGCAUCUUCAGAUAUGCAGACUAAACCAGCAGAGACUCAUUUCGUAGUAUCAUACGUGGGCAAACUGCAAGGAUAAACCCAAAAUGUGAGAGGCAAGGAUAAACCCAAAAUGUGAGAGCUAGAUAACAGCAGAAGCAGCAGUUUAAGACAAGCUAUCGUAAGGCAAAAUGAACAAGUGAAAUGUUAGGAUAUUACAGGUUCUGGAUGAUGCAGGUUCUAGCCAAACCAAGGGAGUGAUUCAUUAACAGUAGGCUGACCAAACACAGUGGACUGACAACAGUGACAUUUUAAAAUGGUUCAGUAUGGGAUAUGCACCCUGCAACACAUAUUAAACGUAACACUCAACGUCACACGCAGUUGCUGCUGCUGUUUGACAUUCAUGUUUCAGGCAAGUUACCUUUUUAGUUAAUUCAUACAGCAUGUCAUUUACUUCUCACUCACUUGAAGAAAAGGAUAUGGAGAGGCAAACCCUUCUAAGGCAAACCAUAUAGAAUCUGGCUGGAUAUGAUGGCGUUUGAAUUAAUGUGCUUAAUAAACAUAAUUGGAAGAAAAAAAAACUUUUAACUCUAGACCAAAUGCUAAGUAGCAUUGCAAGGUUAUAAAGAUGACCAGUGGAUUAAGGAGAAAGUCAUUUGCAAUUUUUGCCUACUUAUUUUGUGACCUAGUUAGGUCCCUUUAGAGUUUGUAUAGCAUAUUCAUCAUUGCCAAAGAAUGGGCUAUUUAUAGUGCAGAAAAUUUAAAAAAUUAUAACAUUGAAAGAGUGAUAUAUGUGGUAAGAAAGAUAUUAGACGAUGAACUAUAAUGUAAUGAGUGCAGAAGUAUCCGUGGUAUUCACAGAGCUUGACUUACACGAGGCAAAUCUGGAUGGUAUUUUAAGUGUGAUACAGUUUUUUUAGGCUACACUAGGGAGGUAUAAGAAACUGUGCCACAUUUACAUCAGCUGCAGAGGGUCAUAGCAAGUUAUGAAAGUUUUGAGGGGUGGUGAUGAUGAUCACAGGGUGAAGUAAAUGAUAGAUGGAGUAAAUUAAAUAUGGUAGAACAGGCUAUUAUGUGGGAUAGUCUUAUGUCAGAGUGGGUUAUGUGAACAGAAAACUGAAACAAUUUACCUCUUGAAAAUGCUUUUGAGAUUAAAAAAAGAAGACUGCUGAAAGGUUCUAAUUGUUGCUGCUGGCUAUAUAUAGGGAAUUCCUUUAAAACAGUAGUUCUGACAAAUCUCAGUCUAAGUUCAGAUCAUCUAAAAAGAAAAUGUGCUCUGUGAUUAGUCUUGGUUACUUGGGGAUUUCUGACUAAUUCAAUCCAGUGGCAUUGAACAAAAAAGCUAAAAGUAGGUGAGCAAUGUAAGGGGAGACUAACAGAAAUUUAACAGGUUGAUGUCAUUUCUGAGACAGUUUCACAUUUCUUUUUGUUUUCUUUAACUACCUUCAAAUAUCUUUAAUUUGCUUGAAACUCCCUGUCUGUGAUAACAAUUCUGUUAGUACCUCUGGCAGCACCUAAUGAUACAAGUUUGAGAUAUUCUUUCUGUGUAGACAUACUAGGAAUGUUUUUAUUCUGUUAGGAUUAGCUAGGGAAAUUAUUUUAUGGCCAAUACAAGAGGGCUAUUCAAAUGAAUAUGGCAAGUAUAGGCUGUCUUUGCUUUUACAUUUAUGUUUUGUUAACUAAAUCAUUAGCUGGAGAGGCACUUCUGCCAUCCUUCCAGAAACCUUUCCUACCUUAAAUUAGAUAUGAAAGCUAAGCUCUUAAUAGCAUGGCUUGACAUCCUAUCAGAUACCAAUCUAAUCACUUUUUGCUGUUGAGGUGAGACUGACACUCAGAUGACUGGUUCUGGAUGCCAGAAUGAUACUGCAUUUAUAUGCCAGAAGAAAAUAGCGGGGCAAAAAGGAAGAGAGGUAUAAAGAGUACUAUUAGUAUGUUUCAAUACUCCAUGUUGGUGGUGUAGCAUGUUAAACCAGCUUAACUUGCCAGUCCUGUAUACCUGACCUGGAGGCAACACUCAUGACAGCGCAGGUGACUUGCAGUAAGGUGAGAAAUAAGCUAAAACAACUUCAGUGCACGUGUACAUUUACAGGAGUUAAUUUUUAAAAUCCCAGUUCCUGGCUGUUAGUUUAUAAUGAAAUUAAAAGUCUGCUUGUCUGUCAAGUUGUUACAUGAGUUUUAUUACUUUAGAAAUCACACACUGUAUGGGUGUGCACCUAGAUCUCACACACCUAGAUUAUGUGAAAGGAGGUGCUCUCAUGAAACAGACCUGCUGUCCCACACCUACAACUCUUUCACUGUUGUGCAUCAAAUUUCUAUGUUUUGUAUUAUGUACUAGAUCAAAGCUAGUGAGAGAAACUGACUCAAGUGAAAAAUGCUUGUUUGAAAGGAUGCUAAAGAUGCAUAGAAUGGACUGGUUUUGUACAAACGUCCAUAUAUCCAAGCAGUAUAGUCUGACAUGGCUAGAUUUGAUACAGGGCUAUUUUCAGAUUUUGAGUAAACUGUGUUUUACAGUAUGUUCCUGUCUGUACUACCUUUAUCAUGGGAGCAGGUAGCACUACGUCAUUGUUCCAGUAAAUUAAAAAAGACGGAUAGACUGGCUUACUGUCAGUGACCUGCUCAACAGUUGAAGUGAACACUUAAUAUGUGGUUAGAAAUGCUUUUUUGUUCUCUGCACAGCUCAUGUAACUCCCUGCUUUAUAUGUCAUACUAAACAUGAACUGACUGUAUCCCAUUCUCCUUGUUAUUUCUGCCUUAAGCGUUUCUGUCCUGUAUACUGCCCAAACGGGCACAACAUUAACUGACUUAAGGCAUCAUAUGUUUUGCUUCCAGUGGAAGCUUGUGCUCAGGUAAAUGUCACAGUAGCUGGACUUCUUAGUGCUGUGUUUAAAUUAACUAUCAGCAGACACACAACAGAGUUGUGAUGUUUUCUGAUAAAUUCUGAGCAUUUUCUUCUUGAAGGAGAGGCUGUAUUAUAGUAUGUUGUUUUAACAUAAGUACUGAGCUCAAAUGAUUAUUUUAUUCUUUUAUUGUUAUUUGUGCCAUUCUGUGCGUUGCUUUAACAUUUGAAUAAAUAAAUAAAAAAAACAGCAA